CAUAUUGUCUAAUUUACGACAAGCAAAGUUACUUUGACCAUGGCCGACACAGGUGCCCCUAAAAUUUCACAACCCGAAUUUACAAAGAUUGCUGACAAAUUAUUAGGGUCGGAAGGUCCAGUGUUUGAUAAGAAUGGAAAUUUUUACAUGGUUGCUCCUGAGGUUGAAAAAGAUGGUGCGUUUGCAGGACAGAUUCUAAAAGUUGAUCUUUCAACUUGUAAAGCAACAGUCAUCUGUGAACCGGUAGUUGAUGGUAAUGGUGGAAUACCAGCUGGUUGUCAGUGUGAUAAAGAUAAUGUUAUAUGGAUUGCUGACAUGAGGUUGGGGAUUCUAACCAUGGACCAAUCUGGUCAGUUUAAACAGUUUUGUACAGCAGACAGAGAUGGAAAUGUUAUGCAGGGUUGUAAUGACUGUAGUUUUGAUUAUGAUGGUAAUUUAUGGGUAACAGCACCAGCAGGGGAGAUAUCUCCACACCCUUUUAGAAGAUCCACUGAGGAUCGGUUUGGAUCAGUCUAUUGUGUGACUAAUAAGAAAGAAGUGAUUAAGGUCGAUACAGGGUACAAGUUCUCUAAUGGUAUAGCUGUACAACAUAAACCCGAUGGAAAACCAUGGAAGGUGAUAGUAGCGGAGACAUUUACCAAAUCACUGUGGGCAUAUGAUAUCCUGGGUCCCGGUCAAGUAGGACAGAAGACAUUAUGGGGAAAGUUACCAGGAGAUUUAGAAGGUGGCCCUGAUGGCAUGGACUUUGAUGCAGCAGGUAACUUAAUUGUAGCCCACUGGGGCUCAAGCCAUCUAGAAGUAUUCGGUCCAGAUGGUGGAAGCCCUCAUACAAGAAUCAAAUGUCCUUUCUCUAAGCCAAGUAAUGUUCAUUUCCAACCAGGAACCAGCACGGUAUAUGUAACAGAGCACGAGUUCCAUGGAUUAUGGAAAUUCCAGUGGGAACACUCAGGAAAACCUCAGUAUUGUGAUGUUUAAUAGUUGGACUAGAGUUUUAACUAAAGCUAUGCAGUAGGAAUCUGUUUACAAUCAAACAUAUCUUAUUUUUAUAAUCGAAAAAUGUUUUGAUAAUCAUAUUGAAAAUUGUUAUUUAUAGUGAUUUAAGAUAUUUGUGCAGUAUAUAUUUUAUUUUUACAAAUCAAUCUAUUCAUGUAGAUUUAAUAUUUCAUAUAUUUAUAUUUUAUAUAUUUUGAAAAUUUAUAUAUAGAUGCUAGUCACAGAAUUCAUUAGAUGAAAACAUUCGAUAUAAUAUUAAUUUUCCUGCCCUGGAAACAUGUAUUCACAAUUAUAUAUACAAAACUGUGUUUCCAAGAAAGCAUUUUAAUUGCUUUAUCCAUUGAAAAGUAUUUGUAGUGAAGUCAAUCACAUACUAUUUAAAUAUGAUUGAACAGAUGAAAAACAAAUAAAUCUGUUAUCCUGGUUUUGGAGGAGUUUGUUAUUGAAUUUGUUGAACAAGUACAAAUGCACUUAAACAAAAAGGCAGCAUUUUAUAUAAACUUUCACAAAUGGGUAUUGCUUAUUCCUGUAUAUGUGGUUUUUUUCUAUAUUUAUUCUUGUUUAUCAAUUUUGUGCCAUAAUUGUUAUCUAGAAAUCAAGAAUUUCAGAAAUUUGCUACUUGCAAUGACUAAUAAAGUCGUCUGCUUUUGCUCAAAAUAUUUCAUGUUAGUCAAAACAUUUAUUUUCAGUAGAUAAAAAAUUUACACUUUUUAAUGAAUAUUUGGUAAUUAUUUUCAUGAAAACAAUGAAAAAUGCAGAAUUUAUGCAGUUUUCCAUCGUUAUUUCCAUUCACCGCAGUAAUUUUAUUGGUGCUCUUUAAUAUAUUUUUAGUUGUGCAAUAUUAAAAAAACAACUAGUAAAUCAAUAUUUAAGCAUUUAAAGAAAAACUAACUUUAUAGAUUGGAAGCUUAUUACAUUUACCAAAUAUGAUCAUCUUUUUUUUUUCUAUUUAAGGGAACUAUUUCUGCUUUUGGAAAGAAGUUACUUCGAAUGAUAGGUUGUGUAAAGGGUAUUGGUGUUCAGCAGUUUUAUAGAUUAUAUUUUGAUAACAACCGCUUUUGUUCAGUUUUUGUUUUGUCCUGCCUCAAACAAAUCUCAGAGGCAAGACUUAAGCAUGCUGUUUUCUGUGGCAGCUUGACAAUUUGUUAAAGUUUGGGAUUAGGAUUGGACCAAUAAUGUUAAAACAAUUAUAAUCAGUUUUAUAAGCAAAUUUUUUUUAGCAAAAGAUAUAAUAUAUGCGUGUAUUUAAGAUUUUGCAAAAGAUUUAAAGUACAUAAUAUUUUUCAACAGUAAUAAUAGUAAUUUGAUUAGCUCCACUCUUGAAAACUUUUACAUGGUUAUCCCGCAUAUUAUAUUAAAGUUGAGUGCCCAAAAAAAUAUUUUUUAUAACAUGUUUUUGUCUAGUCUUGGGUUAGUUGGGUUUUAUAUAUAUGGUUUUACAUUUAAUCAUGACUUUAGCACUAUUAAGAUGGUGUAUUGUUAAAAUUUUAGUCAGGUAUGUGAUUUUUUUUCUGACAACAGAAUUAUUGUUA